AUGGGGGACUGGAAUUUCCUUGGAGGCAUUCUGGAGGAAGUUCACAUCCACUCCACCAUGAUUGGAAAGAUGUGGCUCACCAUCCUGUUCGUAUUUCGAAUGCUUGUUCUGGGUGUAGCAGCUGAAGAUGUCUGGAAUGAUGAGCAGUCUGGCUUCAUCUGUAACACAGAACAACCCGGCUGCAGAAAUGUAUGCUAUGAUCAGGCUUUUCCUAUCUCCCUCAUUAGAUACUGGGUUUUGCAGGUGAUAUUUGUGUCUUCACCGUCCCUGGCGUACAUGGGCCAUGCUUUGUACCGACUGAGAGUUCUGGAGAAGGAAAGGCAGAUGAAGAAAUCUCAACUGAGAGGUGAACUGGAGCAGGUAGAGCUUGAAAUGCCUGGUGAUCGGAGGAGAUUGGAGCAAGAACUGUGUCAGCUGGAGCAAAGGAAACUAAAUAAAGCUCCACUCAGAGGAACCUUGCUUUGCACUUAUGUGAUACACAUUUUCACUCGCUCUGUUUUUGAAGUUGGGUUCAUGAUUGGACAGUAUCUUUUAUAUGGAUUUCAUUUAGAGCCUCUAUUUAAAUGCCAUGGCCACCCGUGUCCAAAUAUAAUUGAUUGUUUUGUCUCAAGACCCACAGAAAAGACGAUAUUCCUGUUAUUUAUGCAAUCCAUAGCUACGGUUUCACUUUUCUUAAAUGUUCUAGAAAUUUUCCAUCUAGGUUUUAAAAAGAUUAAAAGAGGGCUUUGGGGACAAUAUCAAUUGAAGGAUGAACAUAAUGAAUUUUGUACCACGUCAAAACAAAACCUUGCCAAAUAUCAAAACACAUCUGCAAAUUCACUGAAACGACUCUCUUCUGCACCUGAUUACAGUCUGUUAGUGGAAAAGCAAACACACACAGCAGCGUACCCUAGUUUAAAUCCACCCACAUUUCAGACAAAUCCUGCUAAUUACAGUGGAAAUGAUGACAAAGGCAUUUUGGAUGAACAGGAAGCUCUACUUUCUGAGAUGUGCACACUUAGUACUACCUGUGGUCAUCUUCAAAAUGUCAACUCAAGUAAUAAAGAAGACACUUAUAAAAUAACUGGAAAAGAAGUUAAUGGUAACCAGUUGAGGGGAAAAAGAGAAAUUGAUGGCAAAGACAGCAAAAGGAACCACUACUCUAAAGGUCACUGUUCUAUUCCAGGCAAUGCUGUAGAUCUCAACAACCACACCGGCCAGUCAUCCCAAACAGCUUUCUCUCUGCCUGCUAACUGCACCUGGAAACCAAAGUGGCUUCGUGCUACGUGGGGUCCCUCUGCAGAAAAUGAAAACCAGGCAUUACCUCCUAAAGGUAACCUUAAGGGCCAGCUCAGAGAGAGCACAAUCGGAACCCUUCUUCCUUCACCGGGAGACUUCCAACCACUUGACCUUAUAGACACUCCUGAUUCUUUGGGAGGGUUGUCCUUUGAAUCCGAGUUGGUCAGAACCUGCAGUAACCCUACUGCUUGUCCUCCAAAUCAUUUAGUGUCUCUGACAAACAACCUCAUCAGUAGGCGGGCUCCCACAGACCUUCAGAUCUGAACAACAGUUGGCUUUUAGACAUUCUAUAUUAUCAUAGAAGUAGCCUAGUGAUGGUGGAGCAC